UAGAGGGUUAACAGGCAGCUCUUCCGGUCCACCCCCCCCAGCAUGUAGCUUCUUGUUGCCAUGGAGAUGGUAGCCCCGCCCCUGAUGCAGCACCUGCCCCCCCAUUGGCUGCAGUGGUGACUGUGGGGCUGAGGGGGGAGCCCAGGCCUGGGCAGCCAUUCUGGAGCUGGAGCCCGAGCUUGGCAUCCCCCCACUUUCAUUCUCCUCUAGCCACUUGGCCCCUCUAAAUUCCCUGGCAGCAGAGCCUCAGCUUCCCUCCUCCCAGCUGCCACCCUUCUUGACUCUGAGCAGUCUGAGCUUCAUCGGCAUUCAUCUCCCCUCCUCCUCCUCUCCCUGCCCUCACUUGGGAGUACCCCGAGUCCCCAUUGCCCAUCUUCCCCACUCCCUGCCCGUUCCCCUGCAUUCUUCUCUUUUCCCCUUUCCCCCUUCACUUCUGAGUCCCUGCCACUGCAGUGCACGUGGAACCAGCCCCUUCUCCCCUCCCCCCCACCCCUUCCUUGAAUUUUCUGUCCCCAGGCUUUUUCCGCUUCCACUCCUCACAGGUCCCUUCCAAGACUUACCCCUCCAGUCCAGGGAGGGGGUCAUGGGAGGUAGCUCUGGCCCUCCAGACAGAGAGGGGUUUCAGGAGUAGCGGCCAGGUGGAAGUUGUACCCAGCUGAGGGAGGAGGAAGGCCUGCCUCUGGUCAAUGACCUUUAACCCGACUUUCCCCACCAGCUCGCCCCUUCCUGGGGGGGUGGGCACCAAGGACCUAGGUUCUGUGGAUCUUCGGUGUCCUUUAUUCCUGGAGUUUUACUGACCCUCUCAGCCAUGCCCCUUUGCUGACUGCCAGGCCCAGCCCCAGUCAUGGGCCUAAGGCCUCCCACCCCGUCCCCCUCCGGGGGCUCCGGCUCGGGUUCCUUGCCCCCUCCUUCCCGCCGCCAGCUUCUCAGCCGCCGCUGCUCUUCCUGCUGCUUUCCGGGGGAAUACCACUUGGGUCGCUCGAGGAGGAAGAGCGUCCCAGGGGGGAAGCAGUACAGCAUGGAGGCCGCCCCCGCUGCACCCUUUCGGCCCUCGCAAGGCUUUCUGAGCCGGAGGCUGAAAAGCUCCAUCAAACGUACGAAGUCACAACCCAAACUUGACCGGACCAGCAGCUUUCGCCAGAUCCUGCCUCGCUUCCGAAGUGCUGACCAUGACCGGGCCCGGCUGAUGCAGAGCUUUAAGGAGUCGCACUCUCACGAGUCCUUGCUGAGUCCUAGCAGUGCGGCCGAGGCCUUGGAGCUCAACCUGGAUGAAGAUUCCAUUAUCAAGCCAGUGCACAGCUCCAUCCUGGGCCAGGAGUUCUGUUUUGAGGUAACAACAUCAUCAGGAACAAAAUGUUUUGCCUGUCGUUCUGCGGCCGAAAGGGACAAAUGGAUCGAGAAUCUACAGCGGGCAGUAAAACCCAACAAGGACAACAGCCGCCGGGUGGACAACGUGUUGAAGCUGUGGAUCAUAGAGGCACGGGAACUGCCCCCCAAGAAGCGGUACUAUUGCGAGCUCUGCCUGGAUGAUAUGCUGUAUGCACGCACCACCUCCAAGCCCCGCUCGGCCUCGGGGGACACCGUCUUCUGGGGCGAGCACUUCGAGUUCAACAACCUGCCAGCCGUCCGGGCCCUGCGGCUGCACCUGUACCGUGACUCAGACAAAAAGCGCAAGAAGGACAAGGCGGGCUAUGUCGGCCUGGUGACUGUGCCUGUGGCCACCCUGGCUGGGCGCCACUUCACAGAGCAGUGGUACCCCGUGACCCUGCCGACAGGCAGUGGGGGCUCCGGGGGUAUGGGGGGCUCGGGAGGGGGAGGGGGCUCAGGGGGUGGCUCAGGGGGCAAGGGCAAAGGAGGUUGCCCGGCUGUGCGGCUGAAAGCGCGUUACCAGACAAUGAGCAUCCUGCCCAUGGAGCUGUAUAAGGAGUUUGCAGAGUACGUCACCAACCAUUAUCGGAUGCUGUGUGCGGUGUUGGAACCCGCCCUGAAUGUCAAGGGCAAGGAGGAGGUCGCCAGCGCGCUGGUUCACAUCCUGCAGAGUACGGGCAAGGCCAAGGACUUCCUUUCAGACAUGGCCAUGUCCGAGGUGGACCGGUUCAUGGAACGGGAGCACCUCAUAUUCCGUGAGAACACGCUCGCCACUAAAGCCAUAGAAGAGUACAUGAGACUGAUUGGUCAGAAAUACCUCAAGGAUGCCAUCGGGGAAUUCAUCCGUGCUCUGUAUGAAUCUGAGGAGAACUGUGAGGUGGACCCCAUCAAGUGCACGGCGUCCAGUCUGGCAGAGCACCAGGCCAACCUGCGGAUGUGCUGUGAGUUGGCCCUGUGCAAGGUGGUCAACUCCCAUUGCGUGUUCCCGAGGGAGCUGAAGGAGGUGUUUGCGUCUUGGCGGCUGCGCUGCGCAGAGAGGGGCCGGGAGGACAUCGCAGACCGGCUGAUCAGCGCCUCGCUCUUCCUGCGCUUCCUCUGCCCGGCCAUCAUGUCACCCAGUCUCUUUGGGCUCAUGCAGGAGUACCCAGAUGAGCAGACCUCGCGAACCCUCACCCUCAUCGCCAAGGUCAUCCAGAACCUGGCCAACUUUUCCAAGUUUACCUCAAAGGAGGACUUUCUGGGCUUCAUGAACGAGUUUCUGGAGCUGGAGUGGGGUUCCAUGCAGCAGUUCCUGUACGAGAUCUCCAACCUGGACACACUGACCAAUAGCAGUAGCUUUGAGGGUUACAUCGACCUGGGCCGAGAGCUCUCCACGCUGCACGCCCUGCUCUGGGAGGUGCUGCCCCAGCUCAGCAAGGAAGCCCUCCUGAAGCUGGGCCCACUGCCCCGGCUCCUCAACGACAUCAGCACAGCUCUGAGGAACCCCAACAUCCAACGGCAGCCAAGCCGUCAGAGCGAGCGGCCCCGGCCUCAGCCUGUGGUGCUGCGGGGCCCUUCGGCCGAGAUGCAGGGCUACGUGAUGCGGGACCUCAACAGCUCCAUCGACCUUCAGUCCUUCAUGGCUCGAGGCCUCAACAGCUCUAUGGACAUGGCUCGCCUCCCCUCCCCAACCAAGGAAAAGCCCCCCCCACCGCCGCCUGGUGGGGGGAAAGACCUGUUCUAUGUCAGCCGCCCACCCCUGGCCCGGUCCUCACCUGCGUACUGCACGAGCAGCUCGGACAUCACAGAACCGGAGCAGAAGAUGCUGAGUGUCAACAAGAGCGUCUCCAUGCUGGACCUGCAGGGUGACGGGCCCGGUGGCCGCCUCAACAGCAGCAGUGUGUCCAACCUGGCAGCCGUAGGGGACCUGCUGCACUCGAGCCAGGCCUCCCUGACUGCGGCGUUGGGGCUGCGGCCCGCACCUGCUGGCCGCCUCUCCCAGGGGAGCGGCUCAUCCAUCACGGCGGCCGGCAUGCGUCUCAGCCAGAUGGGCGUCACCACGGACGGUGUCCCUGCCCAGCAACUGCGCAUACCCCUCUCCUUCCAGAAUCCUCUCUUCCACAUGGCUGCUGAUGGGCCAGGCCCCCCAGGGGGCCACGGAGGGGGCGGAGGCCACGGUCCACCCUCCUCCCAUCACCACCAUCACCACCAUCACCACCACCGAGGUGGAGAGCCCCCAGGGGACACCUUCGCCCCAUUCCAUGGCUAUAGCAAGAGCGAAGACCUCUCCUCAGGGGUCCCCAAGCCCCCCGCUGCUUCCAUCCUCCACAGCCACAGCUACAGUGAUGAGUUUGGACCCUCUGGCACUGACUUCACCCGUCGGCAGCUCUCACUCCAGGACAACCUGCAGCACAUGCUGUCUCCUCCCCAGAUCACCAUUGGUCCCCAGAGGCCCGUUCCCCCAGGGCCUGGAGGUGGGAGCGGCGGUGGGGGCAGCGGCGGGGGUGGCGGGGGCCAGCCGCCUCCAUUGCAGAGGGGCAAGUCUCAGCAGUUGACAGUCAGCGCUGCCCAGAAACCCCGGCCGUCCAGCGGGAACCUGUUGCAGUCGCCGGAGCCAAGUUAUGGCCCUGCCCGUCCGCGGCAGCAGAGCCUCAGCAAAGAGGGCAGCAUUGGGGGCAGCGGGGGCAGCGGCGGCGGAGGGGGUGGGGGGCUCAAGCCCUCCAUCACCAAGCAGCAUUCUCAGACGCCAUCCACACUGAACCCCACGAUGCCAGCCUCCGAGCGAACGGUGGCCUGGGUCUCCAACAUGCCUCAUCUGUCAGCUGACAUCGAGAGCGCCCACAUCGAACGGGAAGAGUACAAGCUCAAGGAAUACUCGAAGUCCAUGGACGAGAGCCGGCUGGAUAGGGUGAAGGAGUAUGAGGAGGAGAUCCACUCACUGAAGGAGCGGCUGCACAUGUCCAACCGGAAGCUGGAAGAGUAUGAGCGGAGGCUGCUGUCCCAGGAAGAACAGACCAGCAAAAUCCUGAUGCAGUAUCAGGCCCGGCUGGAACAGAGCGAGAAGAGGCUAAGGCAGCAGCAGGCAGAGAAGGACUCACAGAUCAAGAGCAUCAUUGGCAGGCUGAUGCUGGUGGAGGAGGAGCUGCGCCGGGAGCACCCCGCCAUGGCUGAGCCGCUGCCCGAACCCAAGAAGAGGCUGCUCGACGCUCAGGUGGAAAUUACAAUGUCAUUUAUCUUCUCCGUGUCCCAUCCCCAUCCAUCCCACUGUCCUUCGUGCAGUCACUGCACCAGCCACCCCAGCCCCAUCGCCAUCCGUCUCUCCCAUUGUUCUCCGUUUGUCCACUGGCUGCUCCCGGCAGCCCCCAAGCGACCCCAUUUUCAUCCCAUUGUCUGUGCCUUUGUCACUCCCAGCAGUGUCAGCCCCCCUCCCCUGCCGUGCCUCCCCACCCUGCCUUUCCCACUUCUGUUUGCGUUUCAGGACCUUCUACCAGAACCUCAGACCCCACCAAGUUCCUGGACCCCUGCCCCUGCUGGGCCCACCCCUGUGUGAGUCAGGGAGUUUGGCCUCCUCUGAGCUCCUCUUGGGACAGGAGGGCCAGAAGCUGCAGUUUGCUAGAACAGAACCCAGGGCAGUAGGAGCGCUAGUGUCCUCAGGCUCCGGCUGGUGCCCUGGGGACUUGGGGUACUCGUCACCGCUGUUCUCUGGGCCCCCCAAUCCCCAUCACUCCUUGACAGCCGCCACUGGGCCUCCUCUUCCCGACUCCUCAGAUCCUGAAAGCCCCCUGUCCUGUAAGCUCUCCCUUCCUUCCCUCGGUGUUGAAGGCUUAGCCGCCUUCUUUGGCCUGCCUCUCCCUGUGGUCCUCACUCCUGACUGGCCUCUCCAGCUCCUGGCUGCUCGCCCUCUCUCUCACCAGCCAACCUUUAGGACCUCCCUCCUGCCCCCUUAACCCCUCGUUCUCCCCCAAUUCUGCUCACUUCCCACCCAUGCUCCUCUUUCCUCUGCUCUGACUUCCAGGCUUCCCCCCAGCACCACCAAGGCUCCUGACCCCAUGACCCCACUCUCUCCCCCUGCAGCUCCUCAUCAGGUAAUUCUCCUGGUUCCGCUUUGACCACGGGCGGAGGACACAGGGGGAGGUGACUCCGGACCACUGCAGGUUGGUCGUGAAGCCCACUCCCCUCUGACUCUCCGGAGCCUCUCCCCUGCUCACUGCUGCCCCCCACACCCGAGGACCUCUACAGGCCCGACCCUCCGGACACCUCCUGCACAGACCUGUCUCCCCAGGCAUUGUCCCAAGAGCACUUCCUGCCGCCUCCCAGAACUCCUGACCAGUACCAAGCACCUUACCCUAGAUGGCCCGCACAUCCCCCAGAUCACACUCCCCUUCCUACACACCGCCCCGUGGCCUCCUCCUGACUCUCAGUCCUCCUCCUCUACCUCUCCAGUGUAUGUCUGUCACCCCCCAUUUCACCAAAGCGUCCUUGGGGGUUGGGAUGUUGGGGUCAGGGUUUGUUAAAGGGGUGGUGGUGAUGCUGGGUUGGGGGCCCCUGGCUAAAGGGGCUGUGCUGGCUGCAGCAGGUAGGCUGGGGUUUCCUCUUCCGUCUCCCACACCUUGGUUCUGUAGAGAGCCCUCCUUCCUCCCACCCCUCACCUGUUUCUCUCUCUUUCUCCUUCCUUACAUCUGUGAGGUAGAAGGCAUCUGGGGUUCCUAUUCAGCCCCAUUGGGUGGGAAUUAAGAGUGGGUAAUUAAUUAAGGGAGACUUUGGGGUGCUGGGAAAGGAUGCUGUUCAGAUGUCGGGACAGUAAGGGUGAGUGGAGCAAGGAGGAGCGAGAAAGGAACCUUGACAGAUGUUAGGAUGUGGACUGGUGCAUGUGGCAUUGGGAGUUGGAAGUGGGGGGAGGUGUCCUCCUAAAUAAGAUCGUGGGCUCUGUAGCCAUGUUGAUUCCAGGCAGAGAUGCCAGAACCAGCAGAUUAAAUAACCUCUCGUCAGUGCUUACAGCCCUGGGCUGCUAAUGCCACUCACUCCCCCUCUCCCGCCACCCAGUGGCCUUGCUGGACACAGAAUCCUACCUGAAAAGCCAGUAAAUGGGAAGCAGUCAGCCACUGACAUCACUUCUGAGAUGCUUUAUUUUCUGCGGGAUUGAUCUGCAGUGGGCAGUGUCUCCUCACACUGUAAUUUUAACUCUCUGCCUGCCCGGCCUCUCUGUCAAAGUAGUUGGUGAGUUAAAAACAGAUGCUGCAAGGCACCAGGGGACCUCACCAUUUAAAGGACUCCUGUGGUGAAUUCUUUUGUAAAGUGAAUAAUGGCACCCUAAUUUAUCUCCUUUCUAAAUUUGGGUCCAUGGGGGUGUUGGGGGCAUGCCUGUGUGCUGUUGCCAGCAGACAAGCAGAGGGAAGGGAAUCUGAGGUUUCCUUCCCCUGCUCUCCUGCCACACUCCGGAUACCCUACCAGACAGGAUUUCCUCUCUUGCUGGCUGUGGAAAGUGUGGGAGAGGCAAGCUAAGAGGGUGGCUUUGCUUAAAUCUUGGGUUUGGGUGACCUUCUGAGAGAUGAGGAGAGGUGACCUGGGAGCCUCUGCUUGGAGUGUUUUUAUAUCUUUUAGAGAUUCUGUCAGACACAGCUAGGUUGCCAGGAUUCAGUGCCCUAUGGUCCAGGAAAUAAUUUGGACACAUUCUCUAAACCCCUUUCAGGUAUUGGUCCCUCUGCAACUCAGCCAUUAACAUAAAAAUUAAUUAUGUGCCUGUAUUUUUAAAAGCCUAAGCAAGCAACCCAAAGUGUAGAACACAUGGCUUUCUUCUCCUCUCCCAGCAGAGGAACAGAAGCCAGAGCUGAGGCGAGGAGCCAGGAGUUGGUCCAGGAGGGGUAGGAAGGGGUAGAAUAGGACCAGGGGUGGGAGUAGGGUUUGGUACCCCUCACCCUCUAACUGGGAGCCCAGGGUGAGGGAAUGAAAGGAGCGUGGGGGUGGAAAGGAAUGAAGCCCUUCUGUUUCCUGGGGAUGCAGAGCUCGGGGCAUGCUGCGUCUCUGCAGAAGCUCCUAGUCCUUUCCUUCCUGCCGUUAUUGUGAGCGAGAGGCGGCCCCUCCCACAGUGUUUUCUCCUUCCCACAUCACUUCCCUGAAUCCCCUUCCUUUCCCCCCAGUACAGUUAAACCUCUCUAAUUUGGAAUGUUAUAUUUGAGAAGCUGGCCACUGUGAAUAAGUGACAAAACUGAAUGACAGUGUCUAUUUAAUGAAAUGCAUGUCUUCAUACUAUAUACAGUAAGUAGAACUCAAUGAACGAGGCUUUCCCACUUGAGGCCCUCAGGGAGCAUGUGUUAAUGAGUAGAUAGGAUUGAAAAGUCUGUUUUCUGGUAUAGGUUAAAUAUUCCCUCCCACAUACACGUUUCCACUAUU